ACACUGAUAUUUGAACUGAACAACAUAGGGUACUGGUAGUAUAAUGUCUAUUUAAAGAACAUUCUGUGAUUUACAUAUAUUCCAUGAACAAAUAAAAAGAACAAAAGAUAUCAAAGAUGUUUGUCUUUCUACUGUCACUGACGGUAUCGAUGAUAACCGGAGAAGCGUCACAGUGUUGUGUCCCUCCACAGUUUCAGACCAAUAUCGACACAAUGACAUCUCUUUCAAGUACAAUGGAUAAACGAUUUCAAACAGCGAGAUUUUCCUAUGAUGCCAUGUCAAAAAAACUAAGGACACAUGUUGUGGCUCAAACUAAGGAAGAUGAAUUCGAUAGAAUAGAAGAUUUCUCUGCUGGUAAAUCCUUCACCUGGGCGAGAGGAAUUUGUAAAGUGUCAUCUACGGGUCCUUUCAACCAAAUCUGCAUCCCAGAUGAAGCUAAAUUAGUUCGCGAAUCCUUCAUGGGCGUGUCUCCUAAUAUCAUAAAGCUGAAGACCUACAUGGUAACUCUGGAAAACAACAUGACGGAAUUAACUACUGUCGGAGAUAAUUGUACCCCCAUAGAAAUGGUUUCCUUUUCUUCUAAGUCCCCUCAACCAGAUGGUCAGUUUAUGAGGAUUUUUUAUAACAUGUCUAUGGGUAUAAAGGACUCUUCUAUCUUUACACCACCAAAAAUAUGUUCUUAA